AUGAAUGAACAGGGAGAUGUAGAAAGUGAAGUACUGCAGGAUGUUGAAGGGAAUGAUGAAGGGGAAGAAUCGUGUAUGCCAAUAAAUGGCUACACAUGUGAUACUAAGAAAAGGAAGGAAGGUGCGGAGGCAGAUAAUGUUGUAGAGGUGGAAGUGCAAGAGGAAGAGGAGAAUGAUCAGGUAGAUGAAGAGGAAGAUGAAGAACAGGAUGACGAGGGAGGUGGAAACGAAGAGGAGGAUGACGACGAAGAGGAAGACGAGGAGGAUGAUGAGGACGAUGAUGAUGAAGAGGAUGAGGAAGACGAAGAAGAAGACGAAUACAAUGAUGAUGAUGAAGAAGAGGAUGACGAUGAGGAGGAAGACGAAGAGGAUGAUGAGGACGAUGAUGAUGAAGAGGAUGAGGAAGAGGACGAAGAAGAGGAUGACGACGAUGAAGAGGAUGAAGAAGAAGAGGAAGAAGAGGAGGAAGAGGAGGAGGAGGAAGAGGAAGAUGAGGAAGGGGACGCGCAGGACGACGGAGCGGAUGAGGACCCCUACAUGCUGAAAGAUGCGACAUACAUCCAAAAGAACGAACUCUGGAGAAACCGACAGAGAGUCCUGAUAGUGAGGUCGCCGCUAAAAAAAAAGAACUGCAAAUCGUUCGUCGAAAAUUUAAAGCUAUUGCUACCGCAUCAUAAGACGGAAAGCAAGUGGAAUAAGAAGGCCAAAAAAAGCGACCUAUGCGACAUAAGCUACAGCAGAAACUGCAAUAACAUAAUAUUUUUUGAUGUAAAAAAAAAAAGAUAUUGCUUGUGGAUAUGUAAAAAUAGAACAGGACCUUCCCUAUAUUUUGAGAUCUUGGAUUAUAUCCCCUUGCACAGUUUACUCUUUUCGGGAAACUGCUUACUAUAUUCAAGGCCGCUUUUAAUAUUUAGUAAACCAUUUGACGAAUUGGAGCACCUAAAGUUAAUUAAGGAGGUUUUCAUUCAAGUGUUCGGGACACCCAACUACCAUCCGCUAAGCAAGCCCUUCUAUGAUCACUGCUACUCUUUUGUGCAUGUGAAUAAUUUAAUAUACUUUAGACAUUACCAAAUAAUGCCCAUAACGUUAGCAGAUUCUAACAAUGUUAACAAGCAGAAGUUGGUGGAAAUUGGUCCCAAGUUUACCCUACAUAUUAUCCGAAUUUUUGAGGAGUGCUUUAAAGGGAGGGUUUUGUACGAAAAUAUCAAGUACAAGAAUUAUGUUUCCCCGCAGCAGAUGCGGAUGGAAAAGGAUGCCCAUAAGAAAAUGAAGAAUUUAAAGGAAAAAAAGAAAAUGAUUAAGAGGAUGAAGUUUAUCCGGACACCGAUUAAGACGGACAUAGAUUUUUAA